UCGCGUCUUUUUCGUGUCGUGUGCACCUCUCCUGGACUUUGCCGUCGUCUCUCUUCCUAUUCUGCAUCUUUUCUCCUCAACUUUAUACCGCAGGCUUCUGGCACCCCGAUCAUCGCUGCUCUCCGCAAAGAGGCAUUGGGCGUGCGGCUGAGGGCGGGCGGUUCCUGCAAGGAACAGGCUCCUCGUGUCCAACCACAGCGCGGCGGAUCAGGGCGGAAUAUCUCAGUCAUCCGGCCAAACCGGUGCUGAGUUCCCCCUUCGUCAUACGCUCGACAAACUCCUAUCGCAUGAUUCCUGGUUACAUGCGCGGUGGGAAAAUCAAAGCGGCAUUCUGAGCUUGCAUCGGGCACUCGCAGUCAAAUUUCAACUGCGGUAUCCCUCCUCCGACUGCUCCAAGUCACCUCUGUCGACCACCUCCUCGACCAACCUCCUUUGUUCGCAAGCAACUGUACAACUAAUACCAAGACUGCUACCGAGGCCCCCUUCGAAAACCUUUCCUUUUUCUCGCCCCUACACCGCCACACUGUCCACGCUCUCCAUUGGAGAAAGAAGAAGGAACUCGAACAACUGUCUCUCUCUUUUGCGCUUGCACAAAGCGUCGGCGUCCAUCACGAAGAACCGUUUGUCGUGAAAAUACUGAGCAGUCCUUAAAGCGAUCCUUUUGGCCAUGCCUCGUCGAGUGUCCGGCUCCCUCCUAAGCAGCUCACCUCCGACCCCCUGGCCGUCCUUUUCGCCGUCAGAAAAGGGCGGCAGCCUCGUCAACAAGACCUCUCAAAAAGCAAGCAAAAUUGCUCAAUUUUUCUCGACUUCGCCAAAGAGCAAAGAAGCUCAAUCGGCUGCUGCUGCCCUGCUGGCAGCUAGCAAAGCACAAGAGCAGGCAUUUUUGGCUUCGGGCUCGCCUCCCAUAAGCACACCCUCGCUUUCGUUACCUAGCAUCUCCUUGUCAACAGCGCGCGCAGACUCCGCAAAUAUGGACGAGCCGCCUACCACCCUCUUUCAGCCACCUUCUCCGGCCGAGACGCGGAAGCUGGCUCGACAGCAUGCCCAGUUUGGUCCGUUAAAUUCUCAGUCCCACAGAUACACGAGUCGGCACCAGGGCGGUGAAUUUCCAGAACCUAUUAUGGAUGAACCGCCCUACUACUAUCUUUUGACAACCUACAUCUCCUAUCUGAUUCUCAUAAUAUUCGGACACGUCAGAGAUUUUUUUGGCAUGAAGCUGAAGGAAGACAACUAUCGACACCUCAAGGCACGGAAUGGCUAUGCGGCCCUCAACAGUGAUUUUGAUAAUUUCUACGUCCGACGGCUGAAGAUGCGCAUCAAUGACUGUUUCAACAGACCCACCACCGGGGUCCCCGGAAGAUACAUUAAUCUGCUCGAUCGAACGUCGGAUGAUGGAAACGUCCAUUUCACCAUGACUGGCACCACGACUGAAACUUUGAACAUGAGCUCCUACAACUACCUAGGCUUUGCGCAAUCUGAAGGUCCCUGUGCCGAUUUUGUCGAAGACACAGUCAGGAAGUGUGGACUAUCAACAGCCAGCUCGCGAAGCGAGGUGGGAACUCAUGAGCUGGCCAUCGAAUGCGAGACUCACAUCGCAGAAUUUGUCGGCAAAGAAUCUGCUAUGGUCUUUUCAAUGGGCUUCGGUACCAACGCCUCCAUUUUCCCUGCCCUGGUUGGGAAGGGCGAUUUGAUCAUCUCCGACGAACUCAACCAUGCAUCAAUCCGAUUCGGUUCCAGGCUUUCCGGCGCCAUGAUCGCGUCGUUCAAGCAUAACGAUAUGAAGGAUCUUGAGGGCAAGCUUCGUGAGGCAAUUUCUCAAGGACAACCGCGCACCCAUCGCCCAUGGAAGAAGAUCCUCGUUGUUGUGGAGGGCCUGUAUUCGAUGGAAGGUACGAUGUGUAAUCUUCCUGGGUUGGUCAGGUUAAAGAAGAGAUACAAGUUCAACCUCUUUGUUGACGAGGCCCAUUCGAUUGGCGCAUUGGGACCGCGCGGAAGAGGUGUCUGUGACUACUUUGGAAUCCACCCUUCGGAAGUGGACAUUCUUAUGGGUACUCUGACGAAGUCAUUUGGCGCUAAUGGGGGAUAUGUGGCCGGUGACAAGGCUGCCAUCGACAAGCUACGACUGUCCAAUGCUGGUACCGUCUAUGGCGAAACUCCCAGUCCCGCGGUGCUGGCUCAGAUUAUUGCUGCUCUCAAAAUCAUCAAUGGCGAGCUCGUGCCGGGUCAGGGUGAGGAGAGAUUGCAGAGAAUUGCGUUCAACUCUCGCUAUCUUCGACUGGGUCUCAAGCGCCUCGGGUUCAUAGUCUACGGUCACGACGAUUCGCCUAUUAUCCCACUCAUGCUUUACAACCCGGCCAAGAUGCCCGCCUUCUCCCAUGAAAUGCUCAAGCGCAAGAUUUCGGUUGUCGUUGUCGGAUACCCGGCUACACCCCUGAUCUCCUCCCGAGCGCGAUUUUGCGUCUCGGCUGCGCAUAACAAGGACGACCUCGACCGAUUGCUUGCGGCAUGCGACGAGAUUGGCAAUGUCCUUCAGCUCAAAUUCGCGAGCGGCAUCGCUGGCGGUGCGCCCCCCCUUCCUGAAGGCGUGACGUGGGAGAUGGAGCAGAGCCGAAAGCGACUGGAAAAGCACGACAAAGUCGCCAAGUCAUUGGUGGUGUCGCCUCGAUGGAGCUUGGAUGAAGUCAUUAAGCGUGGCGUUCAGGAUGUCAAGGUACCGCUGCGGUAGCGAUCUCGGCCGCAGCACGGCUCUCAUCAGUCAAUUCAGUCUGGCACAUAGACAUAUAUGUGUACACUUAAUGAGCGGGGAUGCAAGCGAUCACAAGAUUUGAGAUUUGGGGAAAUUCAUUUUCGACCAAACCGACGCGACAGAGCCGAUUGUACAUAGAUUUUGGGUCUCUGAAAGGGCGUCGAUGGGUAUCUGGAGCCAACGGGCUGGUCAGGCUGAAGGAAGCACUUCAAUGUCCGCACAGAGCAAGGAGUUUUGACGGCGACAGUCACUGUAACCGUGUUCGGCCAAAAAGAGGUUCGAGUCAUCUGAACGAUACAUUCUAUCAAUAGCCAAAGCCUAAUAACGUCCAUCAUCACAAACUCAUGCGUCUUCCCCGUCGUUACUGUCGCUUUCUCUUGCCCCCGAAAUGAGUUCGCCGAAGGGAAACAGAUAUGCACGGUGCGGAAGUGAGGCAAGAGAUCUGCGAGCCUGCUCCAUCGCAAUCGGGCGUAACGAAGUCCUCGCAUGAACGCCUCCUUCUGUUCUGGUUCGUCCGCCUGCGCACUGAUCUUUUGGCCUGCAAUGUAUGUCAUGCAGGAUGUUCGACAUUGCCCCAGUGUGCUGGGACCUUCGCAGGCGAAGAACAGGCGAUUGACCUGUUGUGGCAUAGCUUGGCAAGGCACAGGAAGACAAAACAAAGCAAGGGACUUUCUCCCCGAUGGAUGCUGGGACUGGUUGCGUGGUAUUUUUACAGAGCAUCGAGUAUUCACCCUCUGUAAGUGGCAUCGAAUCCCGGACGGGGUUAGAUGAGCCAGCGCAUUCCACACCACCACAAUAUUUUUGCUAUGAACUCGGGCAAUCGACUCCCGUC